CGAACCGCGCAGGGCAAUGGUCCAGCUCACGAAGCGGUAGAAAUACUCGGCGGUGGAUUCUUCCCUCUUGCUCCAGGAUAUAUCCUUAUUUCUCACCUCCUUUUUUUGAGAUUCUUUUCGAUUCUCUUCUCAAACGCACUCGGCCCACCCCGUUUGUCGUCGUCCAGCCACGACUUCCCCGAAGUCCUCCUCUGCAGACGUGUUGCUUUCCCGUGCGGAAUUUUGACGGGCGCAAACGCGAGCGCAAUGGCGGAGAUAGAGAUCAUCGCAAUCAUGAAGCCAAAGCCCGGCAAGGCCGGCAGGGUGCGUGGGAAUCCCUUUGAAGUGCGGAGGCGUUGCGGCGACGCCCGGUUGCCAUCACGAACCGCGGAUGGAAUCCAGAUCUCCUGGGAAUUUCCGGUUUCCCGCCCUCACGUGCUCACGGGUUACCCGCUUCUGUUCGUCGAGUCCCCGGUUUCUUAGCUGACAUCGCGUGAGCGUCAGGUCCAAGAGCUGCUCGCCGACAUGUCAAAGCACGUCCAAGCAAACGAGCCGGGAACGCUGAAGUACCACCUGCAAGUCGAGACCAAGGGCGACGCUCCCUCCAUUUUCGUGCUGGAGAGGUAUAAGGACAAAGCGUCCCUUGGCGCUCACGGAAGCAGUCCGGAGUUCAAGGCGUUCCAGAAGACGCUUGCGAAGGAGGGUCUCCUCGCUGAGUUCAAAGUGUAUUAUACGAAGGGCUUUGGCGGGUUCGCCAGUCGAUUGUAAGCACAAAACUAGACAGCUGCCGCCGUUUCGCGUAGACAAGCGAAGCAAGACGGUGCACGUGGGAAGAAGAACGAUGAAAAAAGCAUAGCAUUUCUUUUCUUUUCAAGCCUCCACACUCGCGUCGUUACCGUACCUCCGUCCCAAUCUUUCUGCUGCGCAAACAAGAGAGACACAAAUGUUCAACCUGCAAAAGGGAGUAUACCUCUUUUAGAAAAGCCACUUCGAGAAAUGAA